AUGGAGAAUAUUAAAGUGAGUUUUCCAUUACAGUACUUGAGAGCAACCCCAGAAGGGAUCGAAAGACAGCAAGGACAAGCCACGUUGACCCUUUCUGUUGAUCAUCGUGUACUGUACUCAGCCGCGGAGCCUGGAGUCGGGAGCCGGGAACCACGAGCCGGAAGCGCCACGCCUUCCUUUUUUUUUGGAGGAGGGGAGGAAGAGAGUGGACAGCUCCGAGGGUCGGAGAAACAAAUGCGUUGCAAGGAAGCGAGUGGUGGUACGACUGUCUUCUCCAUCCUGGCUCUCCUGGUUCCGGUUUCUUCCCCAAAGACCCAACCAGGGUUGCAUUUGAAGGGUCAACUAGUACAUGUAAAGUUCCUGCGGAUGAAAAAAAAAAAACUCAAGAUUCCGUGCCCCGCUGACAUGAGUUGGCGCCGCUCUCCGAUCAAAUGCUGCACAGCGACUGAACCUGCGCAGUAUGCAUGCAUAUCAAUUCAAUGUUGUCUUUCAUAUUUUGCGAGCGGCAGACAACCCUGUCGCAUUGAACGCAUGAGAUGGUCCGAUGUCUCCUGUUCUCCCCAGCCAGUUCCCCGAACAGCCCAGUGCCACCAGCCAGUUUGUCUCAGUGACCUGUACUAUGUAGCCACCGGAAAGUUGUCUGGCUCAUCAAACUCAGUUGUUGACGUUGAAGCUGCACGCCAGCAAUUGGCCUAG